AAUUAUCGGGCCAUUUUGAGUCAGUGAUGGCAAAGUGAGUCGUGGUUCAGUUGUUGAAGAAUAAAAAAAAAAGGUGUUGAUAUCCCAGUGUCUCAAAAUCAAAAGUGAAAGUGGACUGACGUGUAAAAAAAGCAUUAAGCACGAUGCUGAUGGUCGUCUUGUUUGUGUCUUUGGUGACGGUUGUCUCCGCGGCUAGCGUUGCCGACGUGGUUCUGUCCUGCAGUCUGGUGGAGGAGGCGUCUGCGCUGGGAGGCCGGGGGGGCACAGGCUCCCCCUUCAGCCGGACUCCCGCCACGCUCAUCUUAAAAGACGUCCCGGUGUCAUCCGAGGAAGACACGGAAACCCUCACUCCCUUCGUUCCUCCGUCUGUCCCAGACCCAGCUGCCAUCAUGUUCGAGACCAAAGUGAGCUCACCACAGAUUCCAAACGUGGAGGUUCUGCUGCACGCAGACUGCCACGACCUGGAGGUGGCGUGUGAGAUCAGCAGCUACUCCCCUCGAGGCGCCGCCGAUCGCCCAGGAGCUCACUUCUUCAUGGCGUCCAUCAACGUAGGAGAGGACUUCAGCAGCACGCUGAUCCUGCAGACGCUGCCACCCGCAGACUCGGCCAUGGUGCACCCCCGACUGGCUCUGCCGCUCACCCGCGCGGGAACUUUGCUGACUGAAGUGGUUUUCCUGAUGUUCACGCACACCGUGUCUGUUCCGGGGUCGGUGAGGGGGGACGCUCACCUUCACUGCGGCUUCCUGCAGAAGGACAAACCCUCGGUGCAAGAGGUGGAGGUGGAGUGGCGACUGCAGCACCGCGGGAGAGGUGUGAGGAUCCUGGAGGCGAAGGCGAGGUCGGACAGUCUGGAGGGAGGCUCCAACGUGAACAUCAAGCGGAGCGACUCCAGCAUCGACGCCGCGCAGGUCAUCAGCGAGGGCAACGCGUCCCUGUCUCUGUCCGGGCUGAAGGUGUCCGACCAGGGCACCUACAUCUGCUCUGUGGCUGCGGGCCAGUUCUACGGCCAGCAAGUGGUCCAGCUGCGCAUCAGCCAGCCGCCGGCUGUGUCCCUCUCCGAAGAUGCCCUGGUUCAGAGUGGCUCGCUGCAGACGCUCACCUGCAACUGCCGCAGAUAUUUCCCGCUGGACGUCCAGAUGGAGUGGUCCUCUCAGGCUCCGACAGACCCGGAGCCGCUGGUCCUAGCAGACCAGGGUUCUCUGUCCAGCCAUCAGCAGCACGGAGACGGAACCUUCACUCUGUCGUCUCGCCUCACUGUGAGCGCCGAAGUCCCCGCCGGAACCAAACUCACCUGCACCGUGUCUCACGCCGCUCUGGAUUCUCCCGUCUCCGUCAGUCUGCUGGUGCAAGCUGCAGAUGCAGUGAACUACCUCGGGAUCCUGGGCUUCCUGAUCAUCACCGGGCUUUUCUUCUACCAGUUUUCUUAUUUCAGUCACCGACUCCUGGUGCACCACGUCAUACAAUAUGUUCUCAUCAGCAAAACGUCCGUGAUGAAGGCGACCAAAUGAGCUUGGAAAAUGUAUAUUUAAGACGUGAUCUGAUCUGUCAAAUAAUGAUUUGCGAUUAAUCGCGAUUAAUUAAUUAACGCCUAAAACUAACAAGAUAAACAUUUUUAAUCUACAUCACAACCCAUAUUUUUAAUAUACAAUUUGAAGCUUGAACUCAAAAUAAAACAUUUUAUUUUAUUUUAUUUUAUUUUAUUUUUAUUUAUUUAUUUUUUAUUUUAUUUUAUAUAUAUAUAUAUAUAUAUAUAAUUUUUUUUUUUUUUUUUUUUCAGAAUGUUGUGUUUAAGAAAAUUGAAUUUGUUUUUUUUUGUUGUUUAUUUUUUCAAUGUACUGUGAAACACUGGAAGAACCAGUCCAAGAGACAAUAGGUUACGAGUUGCUUGCUCAAGUUCUGAACUCGAGACCCGUUCAUGGAGGCAGCGUUGUGAUUUACAUCUCGGGAAAGAUUUUACCUACAACUCCAACAUAAACAAAUAACUCAGCUUUGGCCUGUAGAUCCUUCUUUUUCAAUUGCUACUUUCUGUGAUAAGAACGAAACCAUUCAUGUAGAAAUAAAGGCUUUUUUUGCCCCUGCAAAUGACUCUCCAGCUGAGGAUCUAAAUGACACAACUGGACCUGUAAACCUGAAGUCUUGUCUCCUUUGAGCCUCUGGUCUGGAUGAAUGUGAACUUUAGAUGCCAGUGAGAAGUGAUCAUAUGACACCCUUCAUGUCGAUCCGCGUGCUCACAGAAUAACAGGUUUUAUUUAGAUUAUCAGGCCGUGUUGAGUAAUGAGGAGAGAAAGAUAGGUGUUCUGGAUCCGAAUCCUUUUGAAGGAUAACCAGGGGCAUCACUGGCUCCUGCUGUCCAAUUGAGCUCAUGACAUCUGCACUAUUGCAGAACAGAUAUCUAUUUUGGUGAAGGUGGAAAUGAGCUGGGCUCUCUGUGUCCGUUGCUGGUUUUGUUGUGUAUUGUGUCCCUGCCUCUGCCUAUUGAAUAAAGACGUCGGACCCAGUCGUGUUGACCAU